UAGGUGCUUCCUCCACCCUGCGGUAGAGUCAGCCUUAGAUCUCCUGCUAAGGCUGCUCUGAGCUGCUUUGAGAAAGCAAAUACUGUCGCAGGCGGAGGGAGGAGGAGGAGGAAGAAGAAGAGCAGCAGGAGGGGGGUGUGACUCAAAAGAACAAACUUCUGCUUCGCUGGAGAAAGAGUUGAGGAAGCCUUGAGAAUCUUGUGCUGCCACUGUGACCUUCGAUCGCGCGCACACCCCACUCUCCCCUGCCUGGCUCAGCCUUACAGGGCAGGGACCCCACCUGGACAGAACGGACCUCUUGAUAAGAUAGUAUCUGCAGAAGGCCCUCACCUGCAGAGCACAGUGAUCAACUGGAUAUAUAACUGCUGGUUGUAUCCUUGUCUCUCAACUGCUGAUGAGGAUGGAGCAUAACCGUCCAUGGAGCAUCACCUAGAAUUGUUCCUGAGAGCUGUUUCCGUAUCUGUGGGGGGAAAGUGGACGAAUGAUACUGGUCUCCCAUUUCCUUGCAGCCGGAUAAUGUAGUGACAGGCUGAACCUGAGAAAAGCAGUGAUUUAGACCCUGGUGGUAUUGACUUGAGACUCUCAUUCCAAGUUAUUCCUUCCCUCAUGGAUCAAGAGAUUGGCAUGGAUUCCUUGCUGGACCUCAGCUUCCUGACUGAGGAGGAGCAGAACGCCAUUGCAGAAGUGCUACAGAGAGACGCGCAGCUCCGGAUGUCGGAGGAGGGACGCAUCAACAAACUGCGGGAAUCGGUCUCGGAUCCUAACUGGUUGAAGAUCCUGUCUGGGGACUGGUUCUGUGAUGUCCGUUCCAAACGACACCGGCACAAUCAUUUUGGCUCGGACAUUGUCCGAGCUUCUAUCCGUCGGAAGAAGAAGCCCAAAGCAGGCGAAUGGGAUCCAAAGCAACGAGCCAGCUUGGGGGACCUGGAGGUGAUCAGCGAACCCCCAGCAGGGGAAGAGAACAUGCCUGAUGUUGUGGAUGGGCUUCCUAGUGAGACAAGUUCUCAGCCGUCCAGGUCUAAGGAGGCUCAGAUGGCUGCCUUGACUCCUCAGGAUGUCACCCAGCCCCCAGAGCAGAUUGAUGAAAACAAUCCAGAGAGAAGCAACUCAUUUAGUAGCCUGAGUUCAGAAGCUGGGGAAGAGGAACAGCAGAACAAUAGCAUUCCAGCCAUCACGGUCACAGUGCAGAGUAAUGGAAGUCUCGAAAAUGGCCAGGAAGGAGCCUUGGGUACAUCAUCUCCAAAGAAUAAUGCAGUGAAUAAAUUGCUGAGCACCAGUUCCUCAUUCUCUAGUUUAAGCUCAUCCACGAUGAGUGGCAGCAUAAUGAGCGUAUUUAGUGACAAUGACAUUGGAAACGUGGAUGUCCGCGGCUGCAUCCAGUUCUCCCUGCAGUACGACUCCAAGAAGAAAGAGCUGCAGGUCCAAGUCAUCCAGUGCCGGGACCUUGCUGAAGCCAAGAAGCAGCGGUCGGAUCCGUAUGUCAAGACCUACCUCCUUCCCGACAAAUCCAAUCACAGUAAGAGAAAAACUGCUGUCAAGAAGAAGACCCUGGACCCCAUCUUCAAUGAGACCCUUAAGUACAAGAUUGAGAAAGCUGAUCUCCAGGGCCGGAUCCUGAAUGUGUCUGUUUGGCAUCACGAUGCCUUGAGCCGAAACCUCUUCAUGGGAGAGGUGGAGAUUGCCUUGAAUGCUUGGGAUUGGAGCAACACAGGUCCGCAGUGGUUCAACCUCCAGCCCAGGACCCCAGUCACUCCUGAUGCUCUCUCCAGCCGUGGCAUACUUAACCUGGCGUUGAAGUUCAUCCCUGCUGGAUCAGAAGGAGAAGGGCUUCCUCCCACUGGAGAGCUUCAUAUCUGGGUGAAGGAUGCACAGAACAUCAUUCCUCACCGGGGCAGCACCGCAGACUCUUUCGUGCAGUGCUACAUCCUUCCCGAUGACAGCAAGUUGAGCCGGCAGAAGACCCGCACUGUGAAGAAGAGCCUCAGCCCAACCUUCAAUCACACCAUGGUCUACGAUGGCUUCCAGGCCAAGGACUUGGCCGAGGCGUGUGCCGAGUUCACCAUCUGGGACCACGAGACAUUCUCCAAGCAGCGGCUCGGAGGCGUCCGGCUGAGUCUUGGCACUGGGAACAGCUACGGCAUGCCGGUCUCCUGGAUGGAUUCAACCGAAGAGGAGCGCCAUGCCUGGGAGAUGGUGUUCAAGCAGCCUGGGCAAUGGGUGGAAGCUAGACUUCCCUUGAGGACCAACUUGAGCCCGAGGACAUAAUUCCCUCACCGUCGCCAGUCUAUAGCAGGAUGCCUACGCUUCGGGCACAACGAUGGAGGAAGAGCUGAUCGGCUUCGAUAGCAGGGACCUCAUGGAUGUGAAUUGAGGAACUCCAGCGUCUCUGCAGAGUUUAAUGACAGCCAUGUUGUUUUUAGAAGGGCCACCUCUGGCUGGAGACAAUAGACGUGGUGCUGCUAGGAGCUCAUGCCCACUUGGACAGACUCAGGCUGUGCUGCUACCCUAUCCGAUGGCUGCCUGUUCUCACAGACUUAAGGAGGGGAGAAGAACAUGGCUGACUCUUAAAGAGGACUUCCUUGAAGGCUUUGUGCUAGGCCAGGGGUAGGGAAUCUUUGGCCUGCCAGAUGUUCCUGAACUGCAACUCCCAGCAAUCAUUGCUAAGGGUCGGGGAUGAUGUCGUUCAGUGACAUCUGGAGGGCUGAAGGUUCCCACCCUUGUGCUACACACUGUAGUUUGGGGUAUACAAAACAAAAUACCCCAUGAUGAGAGCCCCAUAGCGCUAGAGCUAUCUUCACUCUGUGACCUUUAUCUUCCUAACCUCCUCUGCAUACUAUCGGCAGAGACAAUUUCCUCCUUUAAAAAAAAAUAUUAUUAA